AGCGGAGCGGCAGAGCGGAGGGGCCCCGGUCGUUUUCCAAUGCUGGGGAGCCGGGAAACAGGAACCGCGGGCGGCGAGGAGGCGGCUGCCAGGCCGCCGGGGCCGCUGAGCCGGGGACACCGCGGGGAGGAGACGCCUCCCUGCCGCGUAGGGUAUCGUCUCACCGGCCUGGUCAACUGGAGGCAGAGACCGUGCAGGACUUCAGCGCUGUUUGCUGCAGCCAACACGGUGAUCUGGUUCGUGGCCUUCAGCUCUCUGCGAGCCUACAGCCUCCUGACCGUCCUGCUGGCUCUGCUGGUCGUCACGGUGACCGCAAGAGAUGUCGCUCGGUCCAGAUCCACAGGAGCUCACUUAUGGCGCAGCAUGACUGCAAGCUGGGAGAUCAUUGACUCAGGCCAGGACAGCCGGUCCGGGGCUGGACCUCAGCUCAGCGACUCCCUCAAACUCUUCCUCCAAGAGACGUCGGCUUUCAAACAGCAAAACCCCGGCAAGUUUUGCCUGCUGGUUUGCAGUUUGUGCACCUUCUUCGCUGUCUUAGGACGCUACAUUCCAGGGAUUGUUAUCUCAUAUAUUUUAGUGCUGGGCGUUUUCCUGUGGCCUCUGAUUUCAUCUCACGAGGCUGGUUUGUGGCUGGAGCCAGUUCUGCAGAAGCUGGACUUUGGCAUCGGGGAGUUCCUUCAGAAAAUCAAAGAGAACCAUGAGAAGAGGAUCAUGCAAGCUCAGACUGAGAAAGAAGGCAUCGAGUCGGACCUUUCUUCCAUGUUUCCCAAGCUCGACUCCACUGUGUGUAAGGAAAUGUCUGUGUCAGACACAGAGGUGUCUGAUGUGACGUGGACGGACAACGGUACUUUCAACCUUUCGGAAGGACACACACCACAGACUGAGAACUCAGAGGACCUCGACAGAGAAGAAGCGUUCACUGGAGGCCUUCCAGAAUUCCCCUCACUUGACAACGGCACGACGACCAAUGGCGACGAUGACGAUGACUUCAGCCUCGGCCUUCCCUCGCCUCCACCUCAGCCCCAGCAGCCAAUCAAAUCCAAGCAUACGCCCCCUUCUCACAAAGACCAAACCGUCGACAAAGCCCUCGAAUUAGUCAACCAGAUGGCGGGCGACGUCAUCGCCGCAGCUGUCACAGCCGCCAUCCAGGAGAGGAUAGAAGCAGCGGUCGGCUUCAAGGCGCUGAGCGAAGGCUCGGAGCGGUCAAGACUCCCAGAAUCCACCAGGCUGCUGGAGCUGGCCGAGGAGUCGGACAGCGAGGUGGAGGACUUUGAGCUGCUGGACCAGUCGGAGCUGGAGCAACUGGAGGGGGAGCUGGGGUUGGGAGAGGAGAAGGAGGCCAAAGAGGAGUCACAGGCCAAGAGUGACAAGCCCGCCUCUUCUGGAUUCUUCUCCAAACUACUGAGACGCCACUGAUUGAUGAAAGUAUGGUCGGCCUGGGAGGAGGACGGGUUACAGAGGACAUGUGGAGGGGAAGGGGGGGUGUUCUGGUCACAGAGGACUGUUGGAGGUUAUGAGAAAAAAUAUUUCCAUUUAUCUUUUCCUGUAGAGCUAACAUCAACAUUUUAGAACCGGUCAGUUUGUCAGAUAUGGAGGUAAAGUCACUAUAAUCAGAAUCAUCGUAGAGAAAUGCCGAAAUCAGACUACACGAUAUCAGCCAGAUAAAGUCAGGCAUGGGGACAAAAGUGUUAGGUGUUACCAUUGCUCAUUUUAUCCUGUGCAGUGUGUGAUAGGGGAAAACAACUGAUGCAGCAUCUGGGAUGCAUCAUAACGUCCUGACCAAAAGACGACUGCGAGGUGUGUGUGUACCAUCAAGUUGGUGUAACCCAGAGGAAAACACAAGUGAAAAUUAUCAGUGAAAAACAUGGAGGGUGCUUUUGCGUGUGCAGCCUUCACAUGGCACUGCGUAUUGAUUUACAUUUAUGUGGUUCACGGUUUUUGCGCACACUGCACCGCAGCCAGUUCGGAGCAUAUUUAUUUAGCCGACUGGUCCAAAAUGACCCAUGACCAUUGUGACAUACACAAAUAUAAUGUAGACUGAUCCUGGCAUGACGGGUUUAAAGGUAUACUAUGCAGGAUUUUCCCUAAAAACUCCCUCUCAAUCAUCACUUACGAUCCACUCUCAGUAUGUGACGGUGUAUUUUUCUGCCCUCUGUGACCAGGUGCCAGGCAUCAAAGAGACACAGCCCCGAAAAAUCGCAAAUCUAGCGAGGCGAAACACCAAACAAGAUAUAACUGCAGCACAACGCAUGUUUUACCUGCUGCCUGAGUAGAUAUUUUGGGUGAGACAGGUGCAAAGACUUUGAUGCUGAAUUCAUUCAUCCAACUACAUUACCCAGAAUUCCAAAGGAAUGACAAUCACUAGGCAAUCAAAACACCUUUAAUGCUCAAAAUACUACUACUGGUUGGGUAGUUGUCUAUGAGCAUUAAAAAACUAGAAAACCCUUUUUUUAAAUCAUUAGUUCCUUUUUUAAUUUUGUAUGCACUUUUUUUUUUAACAUGUAGUCCAGGGAUGUUAAUUUUAUGACAACAUGCAGCAGGUCUCAAAAUGCUAUGCAUGGAAAUAUCAUUUUGAGACAAUUAUAUUUAAACAUUUAAACAUUUUACUUCCAUGUCACGUGGCUCAUUGGGGCCAUCAGUGGGCUUAGAGAAAAGUAUUUUGCAUUUGGAUCAUCCUCCAACACGUCAAACUAAAUUGUGAUUUUAAGUUUGAUUGAAGUGGUCAUUGCUGUCAUAAUCUAAAGGCCCAAACAUACUAAACCAACAUCAAAGAACUAGUGGUGACGAAGGCCGAUUGUUGCCUCACAUCAUCUGUGUAUCUGUGUAUCAUCAAUUCAACAUGCUGAAUCAGCCGAAAAACAGCCAACAAGGGCCGACUGGUGCCAACGGUGCAGGACACACUGCUUCAACUAGGGCAACAGGCGCUCAGUGACGGCCUAACAUUGACCAACGGCUGACUGUUGGCUCCCUGUGUCAGGGCCCACCCAUUCAGUGGAUAUCACCCAACAAAAACAGAUUUAGGCUUGAAAGUUACAUUCCUGCAAAGCCACUGCUCAAAACGCAUAUUGAGACAGGAGUUCCUGCCUCAGGAGCAUCUCAUUUUAAAACCAUGGCUUCAUCCCUUUGUCAAUUGAUAAAUAGCCCAUUUAAACCUUUGUUAAAGUGGAAAUAGACAACCUUUGUUCAACAGUCAACUUAUCCUCCCUGCCAGCAUUUUGAAGUAAUAUUAUUGUUGCUGUCAAAAUAACAACGCAGUCGCUAAAGUUAGAAGCCAGAAAUAGACAUAGAUGUUUAUUUUUUUUCCAGGGGAAAAAAAAUAACAAAUCUUAGAUGGUCCUGGCUUCAUGGCUCAUUUUCUAGCUACUAGUGUCAGCAACAUGGCUCUAGCUAGCAGCCUCCCUAAUGUCCAAUGCAAGAAACAUUAAGAAUACCAAUUUACCAAAACAAGCAAACAAAAAAAAAACCUGAUCUUAGUGCUACAAUAAAGGCAGAGUAAAAUGGUGCGUUCCAUCUGGACUAGGAAUUUGGAAUUUCAAAGUUCGCAGUCAGAAAUGUCAACUGGAACACCCACUAAAGUCGGCUUUCCAAUGCGGAAAGUCACCAACCCAACCUCAAAAUCCAAGAUGGAUGCUCUGUGCAUCAACAGUAAUGAAAGCUGUACUGAUUUACUGUUAAUUCGCACCUCUGUCUAAAAAAAAAGUCAUACACAGUUCUGUCCGACCGUCAUCUGUGGAAAUGUUGCUACAGUGUUUGUGUGUGCAGAAUACAGCAUAAUGCGUUGUUAUCAACUGGUAUUGCUUACACUGGCUAACCUAGCUUGAACUGUGAUUGCUGUGAACUCGGGUGUGACAUUAUUCCCAGCUCCGACCUCCGACUUCCAAGGUAAAGAGAACGCAGUAUAACACCUGGUACCUUACUGAUCUAGUAGGAAGAAUGAAAACUGUCGGUUGUGAACCCUCUCACCCCUGCUACAGAGAAGACACUAUGUGAACACUCCCAUAACUGUGACUGGUCAGACUGGUCAUGCUGGAGCCCAUGAAGACCUCUGCUCCUCACAUCAUAGGAUGAUCCAAAAUCAGACUCAUAAAAUAAUUCAGAUUUAGUUUUAGUGCACUGAAAGUAAAAUGUUAUGAGAUGGCGUAUUUCAAUUGCACCUUAUUAUUUAAUGAUGCACCUACGUAGGGAGUCUUCUGUGUCCAGCAUCCGUCGUGGAGUGAAGACGAAGAAUGACUGAACUGUUCUUUUAACAUGCCUUGUACAUUAAAAUACAUUGUUUUUAUAAUAAAGACACACAGCAAUGUAUAAUGUAUCCUCUUGAAUUAAUCAUGUAUGCCUUGUAUUAGCAUAACUAAAGAUGACAAUAGAAAUAUUUGUUUUUCAGUGCCUACGAGAAAUGUGUAGUGGCUGCAGUUCAUUUCUAGCUCACAGGUCAUAACUGUGUAAGAUGAAGAAAUGUUCCAACCUCUAGAUAAGAGUUGAGGCAGGUUCGGGCUUCACUAAGAAAAGACCAUUUUAAAUAUUUAAUAGAUAAAAAUAAAAAAAGAUUAAUGUUUUUCAUUCACCUUCUGGUUGUAUCACGGUGGUUAAAGUGAGAAACCCUUUGACUUUAGUUCAGAAACAUGUUGGUGGGUCAGAACCAAAAUGCAUUAACAAAAUGUACUUUUAUGUAAUUAAAAUCAAGAAUGUCAAUAAACUACUGUCAUGCAGUC